UGGCUUCCUGCUUUCUAAACGUUCCAUUGUGAGGAGCUUCCAUUGUGACGUCUCGGCUUCGGCGCCGCUUUAUCUGUCCAUAUAUGGGCAGCUACGUCACGGAGCUUUCCCGUCGCUCACAUAAAUAGGCUGGCGGAUUUCCCUGGCUGAGCAUUUGGGCUGCAGUGAGGGAACCUGCUGAACGAGCGAGAGAAGAAGGCAGGGAAGGAAGAGCGAGGCCGGGGAGGACGAGGAGGAGGAGGAGGGGAGGCAGGGAGGGAUUAAAGACUCCCACCAUCCUCUGCCAUCACAUCUGUAAAGCAGAUCGGGACUCCCACCUCCUCCCUUCAGGAAACACCUCCGGGGAUCCACCGAGGAUUGCGCGCCCCCACCGACCACCCACCUUCCCACCCUCCUCCGCCAACUGGCCCCCUCCCCCGUGCCCACAGCGCCUUCUUUCCUCCCCCAGCAGCGCCCCCCUCGCCGCCGCAACUUUUCUCUCGCAUGGUCUCCUUCGCACGGAUUUGCCACGCGGAUGCCGCCUUGUCGGGAGCGGAGCUCGGAGCCGCUUUGAACCCGCCGCCGCCGCAGCCUCCUUCUGCUCUUCCUCCAGUGCUAUGACAGGCAAACUCGUGGAUAAGCUGCCAGGGACCAUGAACACUUUGAUGAACCAGUUGCCUGACAAUUUGUACCCCGAGGAGAUCCCCAACUCUCUGAACAUCUUCUCCAGCAACGGCGAAGCGUCGGUGGCUCACUAUAAUAACCAGAUGGCGACAGAUAAUGUUAUGGAUAUUGGCUUAGCCAACGACAAGUCCGGCCAAGACCUGUCGUCGUACUCGGGCUCCUUCCAGCCGGCCCCGGGCAGCAACAAAACGGUGACCUACCUGGGCAAGUUCGCCUUCGACUCGCCGUCCAACUGGUGCCAGGACAACAUCAUCAGCCUGAUGAGCGCGGGCAUCCUGGGGGUGCCUCCGCCGCCGCCCUCCUCCAGCGCGCAGGCCUCGACGGGCAGCAUGGUGCAGGUCCAGAGCCAAGGCGACGUCGAAGGCAUGUACCCAGCGCUGCCCCCUUACUCCACCUGCAGUGACCUUUACGCGGGCGAGCCGGUGCCCUUCCACGACCCACAGGGCAACGCCGGCCUCUCCUACUCGGCGCAGGAUUACCAAGGGACCAAGCCCGGCGGCGGCGGCGGAGGCGGAGGAGGCCUGGAGAGCAACCUCUUCCCCAUGAUCCCGGACUACAACCUCUACCACGGGCACCCCAACGACCUGAGCAGCCUCCCCGAGCACAAACCUUUCCAGAACCUGGACUCGAUCCGGGUCAACCCGCCGCCCAUCACCCCACUGGAGACCAUCAAAGCCUUCAAGGACAAGCAGAUCCACCCGGGCUUCGGCAGCCUAGGGCAGCAGCAGCCCCCGCUCACGCUCAAGCCCAUCCGGCCGCGCAAGUACCCCAACCGACCCAGCAAGACGCCCCUGCACGAGCGGCCGCACGCGUGCCCGGCGGAGGGCUGCGACCGGCGCUUCUCGCGCUCCGAUGAGCUGACGCGGCACCUGCGCAUCCACACGGGCCACAAGCCCUUCCAGUGCCGCAUCUGUAUGCGCAGCUUCAGCCGCAGCGACCACCUCACCACGCACAUCCGCACGCACACGGGCGAGAAGCCCUUCGCAUGCGAGUUCUGCGGGCGCAAGUUCGCGCGCAGCGACGAGCGCAAGAGGCAUGCCAAGAUCCACCUCAAGCAGAAGGAGAAGAAGGCCGACAAGGGCUCGGCGGCGGCUGUCAGCGCGCCCGGGGGGGCCGGACCCGGCGGCUCGCCCGCCGUCUCGUCGCUAGCCCCCGUGGUCACCACCUGCGCGUGACGCUGCUCCCGCCCCGCCGAGCCCCCAGUGCCUCUCGAGCGCUGUCUUUCGUGCCCACCUGGCGCAAAACCCGCCGAGCAGCAGCGGCGGCGGCAGAAGCUGUUGGCCUGCUCAGGCUCCCGCGAAAGGGAUGCCUUUGCGCACAAGCCUCUCGCCGCAGCCAAGCUGUUGGUGGGAGGAAGCCUUGAACUUUCCGCCGGAUCGUCUUGAUUCUCAGCGGCUUAGGAGAGGAGGGCAAGCGGGGACUGAGGCCACUUCUCCCGGAGGAGCUGUCCUGGGCAUGGGGUGCGUGGGGGGGGAGCUCCGUCUGGCACGUGUGAAAGGGUAGCGGAUGGACACGGGAAAACUUCCCUGGAUUCCUCUCCCCCCACCCCAACAGAUACCCUUCCUCUGAUCUUCCUCCUUUCCUUCUCCCUCGAUGGAGGGGGCCACCAAAGCGCAGUGCGUGCUGCCUGUGGAGACCGUCUGUGCGCGCGUGUGCGUGUGUGCGUGCUUGCGUGUGUCAGCCUCUUGAACUGAACUUGGCUGCUUUUUAGCCGACAGUUAAGUUCCCUGUCCCCUGUGCACCGUGGAGAACGGCACCCCACCAGAGCCUUCCCCCCCCCUUGCCAGUCCCAACGCCCUGGGGCGAUGCUGGAAGAAACUGGGUGACAUUUGGAAUGGAUGGCGAGCCAGUCAGUCCCUUGUAGAAAUGCGCUGCGGCUGUUCUGCUUGCUGUAGCUAUAGCUGCCUCUGUCUUGGCCUCCCUCUCGGAGUGCCGGAGCCUCCUUGCUCUCCUUUGCCAUGACUGGGGAGCAAUCUGGGUGAAUUCUGGCUUUUUUCACGUGGAGAGAUUCCUUCCUCUCUCUUUUUUUCUUGACAAUUAAACCCCCUUUCCCGUAAGUCUUCCUCUUGCUCACUUUCUUCCUUCCUCCCCCAAAAAGUAUUACCCAACCUCCUCCAAACCUGUAAGAAAACCAAUGACACUCCCGCCCGCCGCCCUAAACACACGCCUGUCCUUUCGCUUUCCUCGGCUGGCUCCUUCGCCCUCCUCUUCUUCCACCUUGGAAAUGAGCAGGGCUUUCCAAAUCAGUGUCCGGCCCUUCCAUGUCACUCUCCGCUUCCUAGUGCAGAGUGAUUGUAAAUAGCGACCACAGCAAAACUUAGUCUGGGUGUUAUUAUAUAGCUUUAAGAAUUGUUGAGGGUGGGAACGAAAGAGAGGAAAGGGGCAGUAACUGGGGAAACUGGUGCAGGCACUUAAAACUUUAUUUCCUCCAAAGGAGGAGUUGGGUGGAGAGAGAGAGAGAGAGAGAGAAUGAAGAAACAUGGAUUUAUCGAUCCCUUUGAUUGGAUUUGUCACACCAAGCCCACCUUCUUGUCAUCCGCUGUUGGCAGCUCUGAAUGUAGCGAGAAAAUGGGGUAGGAGGGAGUCAGGCUCCCCCUGACUUGAAUGUACAGUACUGCUGAGGACCCCUAUUCACUUUUCUCUGAGACUAGGCCUACUGUUGGGAGUGGGAAAGGCAGAAGAGUUUACAGCGUGUGUCUGUUUUGAGGGUCGUUUUUGUGUGUGUGUGCAUACCCUUGCCCCUUCUAUUCUUUAAAAGCAGUGUGUAAGAGAGAGAGAUUGUGUACAUGCGCGUGUGUGAAUGCGUGGUAGAUUCAGAUGAACUAUUUAAGUGUUCAUAAGACCUUUAACAAACGAAUGGGAGGUGGGUUAGCAAUUUCCAGGUCAUUUUAACUCACCCUGGGGGAUGCCAUUUUGGGAAAGAGGGCUAAUGGGCAUCAAUUUGGGAUGCGUUUUGUUUUGUUUUGUUUUUUUUAGCACAAGGACAAUUAUUUCCAGAAAUGCAGAAAACAGUGUUUUAAAUGCGUACUUUUAUAAUGUGAUUUUAUUGUUUUGUUUUGUUUUGAUUUGGGGGGGUCACUUAAAAUAAACAGGGGUGGGGAGAGAAAGCAGUUUGCCUUUUUUCCUUUACUCCUUCUGGUACGUGCAUGUCAUUGCAUGUCUUGCUUUGUUUUUCCUUUCCUUUCUUUUGUUUUAAUAAAACUGCUCAGAUAUUUAAGCAAAACAAUGAUGAUAAUUAUAAAAAAAAACUUGUUGCCAAAAGGUUGUGUUUUAUCCAGGUUUGAUGUCUGCAUGUUAAAAAGAAAAUUAAAACAAACAUUCUCAGAGAGAGAGAGAAUGCAGUCUAUGUGAACUGAAAGAAACAAAAAUCAGGUUUAAACUACAAAAAUCUAAGGGGAUGAUAUUUUUUGAAAGACUUUUGUAUAAAGUUGAGUACUUAGGGGAAAAGAGACAAAUCAGAUGUAAUAUAUUUUGUGGAUGUUUUUAUUUCUUGGAUUUAUAGUACCUUAUACUAAGGUUAAAAUGCUUGAUAUUGUGAAAAAAGUGAUAAUUUUCACACACAUUUCAUUGGCUCAUUUGUCAUGUAAUGCAAAUAUGAUAGUUAAUGCAUACAGCAUUUUAAAGGGGAAAAUCAGAAAUAUUGAACUGAUGUAUUGUUGUACCAUUUGCACUGUGAGCAAAUGCUAAUGCAGUAAAUAUAUUGUGUUUGCUGACAAUCAAA